AAAAACAAAACCUACGAAAAUCCCAAACGCAAUCGUGGCGAAUAGAGGUCCACUUUAUCGCCUUCAUUCCCACAAAUUCUUCUGUUAAAAAUAUCAUCACUCCCUCGAUUUAUGUUCCUAGAUUCCCCCAAAGAUUUUUCGCCAAUUUCUCUAUUAAUUCAUUACUCACAUGUAAUUCUUUUCUUUACAUCAAAUGAAUAUUUCUUUGAUUUUCACAAUUCUCUGCUUAUGGAAGGCGAAGAUAAAAGUACCCAUAAGGAUUAUUACAAGGUUUUAGAAGUUGAGUAUGAUGCAACUGAUGAAAAGAUUCGAUUGAACUACAGAAAGCUUGCUCUGAAGUGGCAUCCUGACAAACACGGGGGUGAUAGUGCUGUUACUGAAAAAUUUCAAGAGAUCAAUGAAGCUUACAAAGUAUUAAGUGAUCCAGACAAAAGACUGGACUAUGAUUUGAAUGGCAACUAUGAGAUUGACAAGUAUACUUUGCGGGAAUAUUUAUCGAGAUUUAAGGGGAUGAUACUUACCUGUAAUGGGCUUGGUAUUAGUCACACAUCAAUUUGGUAAGACAGGUCGCAGCCACUCAUGGAACACAAUAAGUAUAAAGAAAAACAUGGUUCAGAAUGACGGCAUUUUAUUUGUUGACCGUUCACCACAAUAAGUUUCCUAGUUAUCAUUCUCAGAUAUUUGUAUGAUCUGUAUAUCAUUUUUUGUUAUACGCAAAAAUAUUAGAGUACACUUGAUGGAUAGCCUCUUGUGCAUUGCAAAUCCUUCUGGUACUAAUAUGCUACGGUCUGAUGUAUAUUCCGUUGUUUUCUAAUAGAGAUACUUAGGAUUGGCAGUGUCCUUGCACCUGUCUCCA